CUCGGUACUCCGACUCGUCCCCUCCGAGCCCCUCCUCCAGUACCGACUACAUAUUUCGUGUGGAUCUGUUCGUUGCUUCCUGUCCGUCGUCUCAUUGCGCUACAAUCCAGAUAAGGUUCCCAUUGUGCGUGUCCGCUCCUCGAUUAAUAUUCCUCCAGAUACAUACCUCCACAAUGUCCCUGUCCACCUGCUGCGUGACUGGCUUUCGAUGGGAUGGCACUCCCAAAGGCCAGGAAGCCACCCUCGCCAACAACAAGGCCUAUGUAACCGGCUCCAACAAGGAUGCCGCAGUUCUUAUGGUCCACGACAUUUUCGGCUGGUCUUUGACCAAUGCUCGACUGCUGGCUGAUCACUAUGCCGAGGAAGCAGACGUGACUGUCUAUUUACCUGAUUUGUAUGUACCUGAAUGGCCGGAACCAAGCCGUUGCAUGAGCACAUGUUGCCCCUACAUCCAGCGCUUUCCUCUGGCGCAUGGUCGAGAGCUGCUAGCUUCGUUCGAGAGAGUUUGCUGACGGACUGCCUCUUCUUGAUCCUCCGCUCCAGCUUCGCCGGCGAGGUCGUCACUCCUGAUCGCCUCUUUGGGACCGGCGAGCAUGCAAAGAGUGAACCGUUUAAUAUUAUGGAAUUCCUGGGCCGCCACAGCAAGGACAUCCGGCAGCCGGAAAUCUUUGCCUGUGCCACCGCCCUGAAAAAGGACCUGGGGUUUAAGAAGGUCGGCACAAUUGGCUUCUGCUAUGGCGGUUGGGCCGUCUUUCGACUGGGUGCCAAAGGUAACGACCUCGUCGACUGCAUCUCAACAGCCCACCCGUCCUUGCUCGAGAAAGCAGAGAUCGACGCCGUCGGUGUCCCGGUUCAGCUGCUGGCACCAGAGGAAGAUCCCACCUUUACUCCCGAACUCAAAGAGUAUUCUCUCAAGGUGCUGCCCACGUUGAACAUCGACUACGACUACCAAUAUUUUGCCGGAUUAGUUCAUGGCUUUGCGACACGCGGCGAUACCAGCAACCCGACCCAGAAAAAGGGCCUGGAAAGAGCCAAGAAUGCCGCUGUGUCUUGGUUCCGAGAAUAUCUGCACUGAUGCCGUCGGUGACUUAGAGCCGACUUUUCAUUUACUGUGGAGAGCGUCUUACUGCUGCUGCCACGCCCACUCCUUUGGCAUUUGCGCAGAAUCCAGAACUCCAACGAUAUGGGCAUUGCUCGACUCGGGCUGACGAGGAACAAGGCUCCGGGGGUUGGAAGGUCUCCAAGUCGACUUCAGGAAGGGGGAGACCUGUUUUGUACGUUGCAGUUGGUAUCUUGUCUUUUCUGGAAAGUUUCCGGUUGGCGACCACCUCCGGCCAUCGAAGCAGUCGAAGAUAAACGACUGCUGUAGUCUCCGUUAUCUACUUUGCAGUGCUUUUGUGCAGAGAAUAAUUACCGUCUCUACGUAACUUAUCAUUUGGCC